UCCGCACAACCUGCAUCCGUUCGUAAACAACGGCAGUUCACUCGCACUGUAUGCGGCGGGAAGGCGGAACGAUGCGAGCAUUGCAUGCAAAGGCGCGUUCAACAGGUAGGUAGUGCGCCUCGAAUCCGACAUGCUCACUUCGUUGUUCAUAGGUAUGAGCCACUGAAAUCAUCGCUCAGUAUGCCUCUAUUUCAUGAAAGCCUUCCCGUCAAUUCCACCCGGCCUCGCCCGGUCCCCUUCACUUGCGCUCCAGCCAUAUAUUCACACCUACAGCCAACGCCCAACGCGCAAACGUCGAGUACAGGCGCACCAGCAUGCGCAGCUCCGAAUCUACUGAACACGCCACACAUACCCUUCUCUUCUCCGCGGUACGGGUCGUCCAAGGAUCCAGGGAAGUACCCGCGCGCAAUUUUCUCUCUGCUGCAGUCGAAGGUCGAGACUCCACACCGGCAUAGGCUCCAUCUAAUGCGCAGUUGCACAACUUGCUCCUCGAAUAAUCGACCCUUGAGCAGUGGUCAGGCUCUUCACUCGACUCGAUCAUGCAUGGACAGGCCCUUAAGCAUCAUCUCCGGGCAUUCGGUUUCCCAGCUUCCAAGGUCGCCACAAGUUGAGCGAGUACGCCUUCGUCCCGACGCUGACAGGAUUGCUCCAGGCCGCGGAUUGUCGGGGGACUCGGCUUGUGGCAUAGAAACUGUCAGGUUCGUCGCGCGGACUCCGCGCCCAAGAUCGAGUACGUCGAGACGUGUCUUGACCGCCUUGGGCUCCGACAGACAUCCAACUGGAGGCGGAAACCGUGGGAGGCAGCCUAGACAAGGCGUCGGCCACCGUGUUAUCCUCGCCUUUGAUGCACACAAUGGUCGUUCUAGGUAUUGAAGUUUCUCUAUGCACGCUGGCCCGUGUAGACAAGGACGGGCAUGCUAAUUCAUUUCGGUGUCCCUUUCAAUUGCAUGGAGUCGAACGCUACUGGGC